AUGUCACGAAAAGUCACCCCUGUCCCAAACCCUACCGUCUCAUACUGGCUCAGCGAACCACACUGGCUAGACAACCACCGCUCCACCCCCGAGCUUCCUUCCCACGCCGAUAUUGUCAUAAUCGGCACUGGGAUUGCCGGUGUGUCCACGGCAUACCACCUCACCGAGACCUACAAACAAGCCACUCGCAAUCGCAAUCGCAAUCUUGACGACACUGCGCCCCCCUCGCACCAAGGCCAAAGAAGAGCGGAAACGCCACCACCUUCAAUCCUCCUUCUCGAGGCCCGCACAGUGUGCUCAGGCGCAACAGGCCGAAACGGCGGCCACAUCAAGAAACUCCCGUCAACUAUCAACGAACUCAUCCAGGUGCAUGGCUUUGCCUUGGCGGGGGAAAUUGUGCGGUUUAUAAGAGAGAAUAUUUAUGCCGUCAAGGAUGUUAUCGAGAAAGAGGCGAUUGCAGCUGAGGCGGAGCUACGGAGGAGUUUGGAUGUGUGUCUCGAUGAGGAUGACGCGAAGGCCGUGAGAGAGGAGUAUGAGAAGCUGAGGGGGGACGGGUUUCCGCUAAUGGAGGAUGUGGGGUGUAUCACCGGAAAUGGGGAUAAGGGGAUAACCUCACUUCAUGGCGCAGAGGUAGCCCUCAGCACACCCGUCCUCUCCCUAUGGCCCUACAAAUUUGUGACCCAGCUGCUAGAACGAGUCUUGCGUACAGGACACGCAAAUCUACAAACAAACACACCAGUGACAGCCAUCGAGACACAGGCCACUGAGGAAUCCGGUGAUGGAGAAGAACAAUACGUGAUAAAAACCCCUCGAGGCGACAUCAAAACUUCAACCGUCAUCCUCGCAACAAACGGCUACACGGCCGGCCUCCUUCCCCAGUACCACAAUGUCAUCAUCCCCGCAAAAGCCACCGCAUCGCACAUCGCGGUUCCACCAGACCACUAUGCGCCCUACCUCUCUAACACGUAUAACAUCCGGUACGCGUCUGAUCGCGUCGAUUACUUGAAUCCGCGACCGGACGGUGGCAUAGUCGUUGGGGGAGGAAAGGAGGCGUACCGCGACCACCGCGAGCUGUGGUAUGAUGUCUUUGAUGACUCGACUCUCGUUGAGCCGGCGAGGCAUUACUUUGAUGGGCUCAUGCAGAGGCAUUUCCGGGGUUGGGAGGAGAGUGGUGCUGUGACGGAGAAGGUUUGGACGGGGAUCCAAGGCAUAACCAAAGACGGCAUGCCGCAUGUCGGCAAGGUCCCAGGGACGUCGGGUCAGUACAUACUUGCGGGCUACAAUGGAGGAGGAAUGGCGCUUGCGUUUCUAGCUGCAAAGGGGGUUGCGAAAAUGAUAGGAUAUGGAGUUGGGUUUAGCGAGACAGGUGUCCCAAGGUGUAUGGAGACAACAAGAGAGCGGAUAGGUAAGGGUCAAUGA